AGGGAACGGCAAAAGGCCCUGUAUCUAACAGCCAUGCCAACACGGCCUCUUUCACUUCCAUGCCUCUUCUCCGCCGCUAUUCUACCUUUCCCUACUUCAAUAAUAGCCUCCGCCAACUCGAACCCACCACCGUCACCACCACUCUCCCUUCAGUCCCAACCUUAAUCAGAGCCUGCAAGACCUCCCUCCACCUCCACCAACUCCACGCCCACAUCAUCCGCAAAGGCCUCGAGCAAGACCACUUCGUCGUCAACCUCUUCGUCUCCCUCUGCAACUCUCUUUCCACCCUCUCCUACUCCACCAGCGUCUUCAACCGCGUUCUCAGACCCAAUACCUUUCUCUGGAACUGUCUCAUCAAAGGUUACUGCGAAAAGUCGCAUCUCAGCGACACCGUUUCUGUCUUUAUUCGCAUGAAGAGAGAGGAGGGUGUGCCCGAUAAGUACACGUAUCCGUCGCUGAUAAAAGUGUGUUCGAGUGCGCGUGAGGUUAGGCUAGGGCGGGCCAUUCAUGGAUCGGCGUUGAGGUAUGGGGCUGAAGGGGAUGCCUACGUCGGGACGAGUUUGAUUGACUUGUACGGGAAAUGUAGAGAGAUUGUGUGUGCUCGUAAGGUUUUCGAUGACAUGACUGAGAAAAAUGUUGUUUCCUGGACGGCUAUGGUUGUUGGGUAUGUUACUGUUGGGGAUUUAGCGGAGGCGAAGGAACUGUUCGACGUUAUGCCGCAGAGAAAUAUUGUGUCAUGGAAUGCAGUUAUUAGUGGGCUUGUGAGACUGGGUGACUUGAAGGGUGCUAAAAGGAUAUUUGAUGAAAUGCCCGAGAAGAAUGCGGUUUCUUAUACUACGAUGAUUGAUGGGUAUGCAAAGGCAGGUGACAUGGUGUCCGCAAGGUUCUUGUUUGAGCAGGUCCCUGUUAGGGAUAUUGUUGCGUGGUCAGCUUUGAUAUCGGGUUAUGCUCAGAAUGGUGAGCCUAACGAGGCGGUGAAAGUUUUUCUUGAAAUGGAAUCGAGGGAUGUUAAGCCUGAUGAGUUUGUUUUGGUAAGCUUGAUGUCGGCUUGUUCCCAAGUGGGUAGUUUGGAUUUGGCUAAAUGGGUUGAUUCGUAUCUGAGCAGAAGCGCAAUUGAUCUUCGUCAACCUCAUGUUGCUGCAGCUCUUAUUGACAUGAAUGCGAAGUGUGGAAAUAUGGAGAGGGCGGCGAAGUUGUUUGAGGAGAUGCCCCAGAAGGACCUAAUCUCGUAUUGUUCCAUGAUACAAGGGUUGUCCUAUCAUGGGCAUGGGAACCGGGCUGUUGUCCUUUUCGAUAGGAUGCUAAACGAAGGGCUGGUUCCGGAUGAGGUGGCCUUUACGGUCAUCCUGACAGCAUGUAGUCACGGUGGGCUUGUUGAGGAGGGUUGGCACUACUUCGAAUCCAUGAAAAAUGAGUACUCUAUCGUACCCUCUCCUAAUCAUUAUGCUUGUAUGGUUGAUCUUCUCAGCAGGUCAGGAAGGUUGAAAGCAGCUUAUGAGCUUAUAAAAACAAUGCCUUUGGAGCCACAUGCUGGUGCCUGGGGUGCACUUCUUGGGGCCUGUAAGGAACAGUGUGAUAUUGAAUUGGGGGAGGUGAUUGCAGCUCGCCUUCUUGAGCUUGAGCCCCUUAAUUCUGGUAAUUAUGUGCUGUUGUCCAACAUCUAUGCAGCAGCAGACCGGUGGUUGGAUGUUUCCCUUGUGAGGGAGAAAAUGAGGGAAAGAGGAGUUAGAAAAAUCGCUGGUUACAGUCGGAUUUACCAUGCCAACACGGCCUCUUUCACUUCCAUGCCUCUUCUCCGCCGCUAUUCUACCUUUCCCUACUUCAGUAAUAGCCUCCGCCAACUCGAACCCACCACCGUCACCACCACUCUCCCUUCAGUCCCAACCUUAAUCAGAGCCUGCAAGACCUCCCUCCACCUCCACCAACUCCACGCCCACAUCAUCCGCAAAGGCCUCGAGCAAGACCACUUCGUCGUCAACCUCUUCGUCUCCCUCUGCAACUCUCUUUCCACCCUCUCCUACUCCACCAGCGUCUUCAACCGCGUUCUCAGACCCAAUACCUUUCUCUGGAACUGUCUCAUCAAAGGUUACUGCGAAAAGUCGCAUCUCAGCGACACCGUUUCUGUCUUUAUUCGCAUGAAGAGAGAGGAGGGUGUGCCCGAUAAGUACACGUAUCCGUCGCUGAUAAAAGUGUGUUCGAGUGCGCGUGAGGUUAGGCUAGGGCGGGCCAUUCAUGGAUCGGCGUUGAGGUAUGGGGCUGAAGGGGAUGCCUACGUCGGGACGAGUUUGAUUGACUUGUACGGGAAAUGUAGAGAGAUUGUGUGUGCUCGUAAGGUUUUCGAUGACAUGACUGAGAAAAAUGUUGUUUCCUGGACGGCUAUGGUUGUUGGGUAUGUUACUGUUGGGGAUUUAGCGGAGGCGAAGGAACUGUUCGACGUUAUGCCGCAGAGAAAUAUUGUGUCAUGGAAUGCAGUUAUUAGUGGGCUUGUGAGACUGGGUGACUUGAAGGGUGCUAAAAGGAUAUUUGAUGAAAUGCCCGAGAAGAAUGCGGUUUCUUAUACUACGAUGAUUGAUGGGUAUGCAAAGGCAGGUGACAUGGUGUCCGCAAGGUUCUUGUUUGAGCAGGUCCCUGUUAGGGAUAUUGUUGCGUGGUCAGCUUUGAUAUCGGGUUAUGCUCAGAAUGGUGAGCCUAACGAGGCGGUGAAAGUUUUUCUUGAAAUGGAAUCGAGGGAUGUUAAGCCUGAUGAGUUUGUUUUGGUAAGCUUGAUGUCGGCUUGUUCCCAAGUGGGUAGUUUGGAUUUGGCUAAAUGGGUUGAUUCGUAUCUGAGCAGAAGCGCAAUUGAUCUUCGUCAACCUCAUGUUGCUGCAGCUCUUAUUGACAUGAAUGCGAAGUGUGGAAAUAUGGAGAGGGCGGCGAAGUUGUUUGAGGAGAUGCCCCAGAAGGACCUAAUCUCGUAUUGUUCCAUGAUACAAGGGUUGUCCUAUCAUGGGCAUGGGAACCGGGCUGUUGUCCUUUUCGAUAGGAUGCUAAACGAAGGGCUGGUUCCGGAUGAGGUGGCCUUUACGGUCAUCCUGACAGCAUGUAGUCACGGUGGGCUUGUUGAGGAGGGUUGGCACUACUUCGAAUCCAUGAAAAAUGAGUACUCUAUCGUACCCUCUCCUAAUCAUUAUGCUUGUAUGGUUGAUCUUCUCAGCAGGUCAGGAAGGUUGAAAGCAGCUUAUGAGCUUAUAAAAACAAUGCCUUUGGAGCCACAUGCUGGUGCCUGGGGUGCACUUCUUGGGGCCUGUAAGGAACAGUGUGAUAUUGAAUUGGGGGAGGUGAUUGCAGCUCGCCUUCUUGAGCUUGAGCCCCUUAAUUCUGGUAAUUAUGUGCUGUUGUCCAACAUCUAUGCAGCAGCAGACCGGUGGUUGGAUGUUUCCCUUGUGAGGGAGAAAAUGAGGGAAAGAGGAGUUAGAAAAAUCGCUGGUUACAGUCGGAUUUAGUUCAGAAGGCUGGGUUCUUUUGUAUCUCUUCUCAUGCAAUGCCAUGGUUUUGCAGAUUUAGAGCUGCAUUUCGUGAAAUGGUAUUGGAUUUAUUUGAAUUAAUUCUUUCUAUAGAAUUCAAAAUCCUGGCUCCCUUUUACCGUGGAAUUGUAGAUUAUGGAAUCUAAACAAGAAUCCUAAUUUAUUGAUGUGCAAAGAAAACCGAGAUACAGGCCUUCUAUUUUGAUGCUAAAGCUGCAAGUUUCUGCACCCUGACGUAGCACAGAGGCAUUUUGAUUGCCAAGCAUGGUUAUCCAAGUAUGAGAUUGCCGCAGCAGCAUGAAGUGCUGCACCUAUUGGAAGAGCCUCUUCAUCAAUAAAAAAGUAAGG